GGGGCGGGCCGGCGGAAGCGGGCGGCGGCGGCGAUGGCGCUGCGGGGCGGGCGGCGGGCGGCGAUGCCGGGGUAGCGGCGGGCGGCCAUGGCGCGGGGAGCCGGCCCGCUGCGGCUGCUCCUGCUGCUCCUGCUGCAGCUCCUGGCGCUCCCCGCCGGCCGCGGCAACCGCACCGGGCCCGACUCCCUCUAUGUCUCCGAGUACUUCUCCCAGAGCGCACAGAAGCUCUCCUUCUACAGCUGGUAUGGGAACGCCAAGCUCUUCCACUUCCGUGUGCCAGAAGACACUGUGCUGCUUCGCUGGCUCCUGCAAGCGUCCCGGGGGAAAGGACCUGAGUGCACCAACAUGGAGAUCACAGUGCACUUUCGCUAUGGAGCCCCUCCCGUAAUUAAUCCGCUGGGCACUGAUUUUCCUGCAAAUGCGACCGUCCGUCCUUCCUAUAGCAUAAGCAUCACUCUGAGCAGCGCUGUGCAAAACACCACCUUUGUGAACGUCACCACCCCUGCUGCCGGAGACUGGUUCAUCGCUGCCCAUCUCCCUGAGGCUGCGGGCAGGAUCGAAGUGAAGGGUUUCUCCACUCCGUGCCCCUAUAUGUUCCAGGCAGAUAUGUUUGUGCUCAGACUCGCUGAUAUGCCUGUUCUGGAGCCUGGUGUUGCCAUGCCACAAACCGUCGUCUCGCCUGCUAAGGCGCUGCAUGUCAAGGUCUUUGUUCCCAAGCACACCGCAGUGAUGUGGCUUGAGCUGCGGAACUGCAUGUCAGGCGAGCAAAAAGCGUGCGCCGUGCGGGUAGUGCUGGGCUCCAUCACGCUGCCCCAGUCCUUCCAGAGGAUCAUCACCUGCGUGGGGAAGGUAAACUGCAGCCUGGCCUUGGAUUCGCCUCCCUGGGAGAAGUGGCUGCAGAUCAUGGUGGAGAGUCUCGGCGCUGCCAAUGCCAGUGUGUCUGUGGAGAUGCUGGCUUCUUUCAGAGCUUGCAGACCAGGCAGUACCAGUUCAUUCCUUAACUUCGGCAGCCUAAACCAGAGCCAAACUGGUCCGAGACCGGGUAGCGCAGGAGCAGCAGGGAGCCCCACUCUGUCUACGGGAGAGACUUCACGCAAUGCGUCCGACCGGAGGAGCUUCUGUCUGCAGAACCAGCCCGUCGUCCGUGAGGACCUGGAUGUGGUGUCUGUGCGCUACAGGCUCUUGAAUGGUCCCAGCGUGCCCGUGAACUCCCUCUCCCCGACCCUCCUCCUCCUCAACCUGAACACUGGCAUGGACAGCGGGGGUUCCCUCGUGGUCAAUCUCCUGCUCAACAAGACGUCCGUGAGCCUGGCCAACGCCACCGUGGUAGCGUGUGUGAGUGCUGCUUCGCCGGUGCUGUCCCUCAAUGCCACGCACAACUGCAGCACAGCUUUUUUCCAGGGCUACCCUCUGCGUGUGAGCACGUCCUCCCCGGAAGCGAUGCUGAUUGUGCUGUACCCGCAGACGGAUGACUGGUUCCUCUCCCUGCAACUCAUCUGCCCAAAGGGCCAGGGUGAAUGUAACGCCGCAGAAGCCAAAGUGACCGUCUUCGCAUACCUCACCCCCUGCUUCAAUGACUGUGGGCCGUAUGGACAGUGCAGCCUCCUGAGAAGACACGGCUACCUCUACGCCGGCUGCAGCUGCAAGGCUGGUUGGGGCGGCUGGAGCUGCACGGACGUUACCAAGGCCCAGUCUGUCAGUGCGCAGAACCUGGCCACCCUCCUGCUCACUCUGAGCAACCUCAUGUUCCUGCCAGCUAUAGCGGUUGCUGUUUAUCGCUACUACCUGGUGGAGGCCUCCGUCUACACCUACACCAUGUUCUUCUCCACGUUCUACCACGCGUGUGACCAGCCAGGCGUCGCGGUGAUGUGCAUCAUGAACUACGACACACUACAGUACUGUGACUUUUUGGGCUCUGUGGUGUCCAUCUGGGUGACGAUCCUGUGCAUGUCCCGAGUGAAGAAGAUCCUGAAAUACGUCCUUUUCGUCUUGGGGACCCUGUUAAUUGCCAUGUCCCUGCAGCUGGACCGCAGAGGGGUGUGGAACAUGAUGGGUCCCUGCCUCUUUGCCCUCGUCAUCAUGAUUGCAGCGUGGGUCUACCACGGAGUGAAGCGCAGACACUGCUACCCCCCCUCGUGGAAGCGCUGGGUUUUCUACCUCCUCCCAGGGAUCACCUUGGCUUUCAUCGCCAUCUCAGUAUAUGCAUUCAUGGAAACCAAUGAGAACUACUACUACACCCACAGCAUCUGGCACGUGCUGGUGGCUUCCAGCGUCGCUUUCCUGCUUCCUCCUCGGGACAAGCAUAAGAAGCCCUGGGCCUGGUCGCAGAAGCUCACUUGUCGCUAUCAGAUCUGCCAGAACGACCGUGAGGAGCUCUAUGCUGUGACCUGAACCGCUCGGCUCCCGGCGGCAGAGGCAGAGGGCUGGCGGGGCUGCUCUUUGCCUGGGCUGCCCGUCACUCGCACGUCGGCAAUCCCCUUAAACACGCUCAUUCACUGGCCGGGAGAGCGCAGUACGGACCAGGUUUAAAGAGGAUGAUGAUGUGCUUGUCUUGCGAAGGCAAGGUUGAGGCCACCUCUGCUUUUCUGCUGGGAUGGGGCAGGCUUUUCGUGGUUCUAGAUCAAGGAAUAGCCUGUCCCCCACUUUCCCCAUGGCCCUGGGGGAGAUCGCCACCCCUUCCUCCCCUCCUGCUGCAUCCAUCAGGCUUGGGCUUAGCCCACGCUGGGCUGGAGCCAGGGCUUCGGCUGCUGGGCUCCUCCCUGCACAUCCCGUCCCAGCAGAGGGCUGUAGGACAGGGAUUUCCCCUGCCACCCUGCAAUCAGCAUUGGAACCUAAAAGAAGAAGGGGUUUCUUCUGACCCUUGGGGGGGUGGUGUGGGGUGUGUGCAAAUGCUGCUGUGGUGCUGAUGGGGAGGCAGGGAGCUGAUCUCAGCGUGCCCUGAGCCCUUGGUCACCGUCUCUGCAGGGGCCCUGUGAAACGGGUGGUGCUGCUCUUACCUACUCCUGAUUCUGGGGGGGGCAAGAAUGAGGCCAGGACUUGAGCCCUGGAUUCAGGAUCAGACUUGGCAGGAAUGUGAAAAAAAAAAAAAAAACACAUGGGAAGGUGCAAGAGGCAUCAGCAGCAUCUAGCCCCGAGCUGUGAAACCCACGGCAGUGCAGGGUUUAGUCUAAGUUUAACUUUAGCCCUUUGAGCUCAUCUGGAAGGAGGCAGGCUGCUGCACUGUCCCCUUCUGCUCUCCAUGUUCAGGUAUUCACCGUCUUCCUCCCUUUUGUGGGUUGGAUGUGUGCGUGGCUCUACCGGGGCAGCGUAGGGGGUCCAGGAUGGUGUCCGAGCUGCCCGGCCCCUGCUCCUUCAUCCUCCUGGAUGUGCUGUGGGGUCACAGCCCCAUCUGAGACCACCAGCGGUGUCCCACCCCAGCCAGGAGCAUCGCUGUGGGCUCCUUUGCAGCGUCUGUCUCACCUUAGCCUUACCAUAGGGCACGCAGGCAUCGGAAAGCGAGGGCAGAAACUUGGCAACCAGGCAAGUUGUCUUCGCCCAUCCUUAUUCUGUAGAUAAGGGCUCAAACGCAUCGUUCCUUGCUGGUUUAUUCCGGCUGUGGUCGGUCUGGUGUGGAGCCCCCCUCCACGGAGCCCCUCAGGAAAGAGCUCUCUAUGAAGGAUUUGCCUCCUAGUUUGUAGGAAACGGGUUUAUUCCUUUGCUCAGAGAAGCGCCCAGCCUUCUGCUCAGCUCUGCACUUUAUCCCUCCCCGGCCUCCGCAAGCUCCGACUCUUCCAGCGGACGCAGGACGAGUGAAGGGGGCUCGUGUGCGCCCAACCGCUGUCGUCCCCGUGUCCCCUGCGUCCCCCCCCGGCCCUUCAGCCGCCGCCGGCAGCGGGUGGCGCAGGGCCCUCAGCCCUUCCUCGGACUUUUAUCACUUUUAGGCACUUUUUUCUCCCCCUUUCUCUCUCGGUUUGCACAGCGGCGUGGCAGCUCCUUCACGGCCGCGGCCCCCGGCCUUGGCCCCAGUGCUGCCAUUACCCGAGAAAAGCAAUAAUUCCUCGCCCGCGAGGCGGGAGAAGCUUUGGGGCAAAAAAUCCCCAUAACGUGAUUGUUUAAUUUUGUGUUUGAUCCUUGAAGUUCUGCUUUUGCCGCCCCGUCCCCCACCCCCGGUCCCCGCGACUGUUGGCCCUGGCACAAGGUUGUGUCAGGCCCCUGGGAGGGGUGUGGGGGGGUGUUAAUUAUUUUGGGUAAAAUGGGCGAAUUCUGGUGUCUGGGGGGAAAAAAAAAUAAUGUAUGGGUUGUUGGGUUUUUUUCUUUGCUGUUAAUACCUGUGAUUAUUUUAUACGGUAAA